UCUGUUUUGAUCAUUCUCUGUAUUUAAUAUUCUAUUGAUAUAUCUAAUAAUUAUUAUCAUUUUAUAAUACAGGGACAUACACCUUGUCAUAUUGCAAUGCAGUUUGGCCACGAGGAAGUUUACAAAAUACUAGUAGAGUCUUAUGGAGCCGAUCCAAAUGUGCGCGACUGGAGCGGUCGUAAGCCUAGGCAGUAUCAGACAAAUAAAGACACUAGCCUAUCAGCAGACACGUACCGCAGUGAGUAUACUUGUGAAAAAACAAAAUUCCUGUUCAACUCCUUGCCUAGGCCAAAGCGUCGCAAUAAAACCAUCAACGUCCUGUCAUCCUUAUCAUUUUCGCAUGUUACCAAUUCAUCUAAAUGCAUGAAAGAAAAACACUUUAAAUCACGCCAACAGCCUUCCUUGUAUCAUCACUAUGCUAUAAAACGAAUUUAACAUAAACAUCUCUUACUUCAAGUCUAGUCAAUUUUUAA